AGAAGCUGUACAACUCCCGUGGACCUGAGCUCCGGAGGUCCCUGUUCUCCCUCAAGCAGCUCUUCCAGGACGAUAAAGACCUGGUGCCAGAGUUUGUGAAUUCCGAAGGCUUGAUGUGUUUCAUCAAGGUGGGUCUCGUCUGGUGGUGAAGACAGCUCUGAAGCUCCUGAUAGUGUUUGUAGAGUACACAGAGUUGAACAGUCCUCUACUUAUCCAGGCUGUCAAUACUGUGGACGGCAAGAGAGGUGUGAAGCCGUGGUCGUACCUGACAGAGAUCCUGGAGGAGAAGAACGGAUCAGACACCGAGCUGUUCAUCUUAACCAUGAACCUCAUCAACAAGACCCUUGCGGCCCUCCCGGACCAGGACUCGUUCUAUGAUGUGACCGAUUGUCUGGAACAACAAGGGAUGGAACACAUUAUGCACAAACACAUGAGCAGCAAGGUCACUGAGCCAGACCUGAAACAACAGUUCACCAUAUAUGAGAGAGCUCUGAGGCACGAGGAUGGAGAGAUGGAUGCUGCUCCUCACCUCAGGAAGGAGAGGAGGAAGGUGACAGCCAGCGAACAGGAGGGCAGGAGGAACAGGAGAUCCUCAGCUCAGAACCUCCCCGACGUCCUCUCCUCCUCUCCGACCACAUCCAACACUAUCUCUCUCUCCGCCUCGUCCUCCACUUCUCUCUCCCCUUCCACCUCAUCCCCUUUCUCUCCCUCCUCCUCCACUCUCUCCCCUUCCACCUCCUCCCCUUUCUCUCCCUCCUCCCCAUCCCCUUUCUCACCCUCCUCCUCCUCACCCUCCAACAGUCCUACAGCAGAGCUGAGUAGGACCACCUCCCCUCUCCCCUCCUCCUCCCGUAGCGCCUCACCCCUCUCCCCCACCAGCCCAUCAGACUCUGGUUCUCAGAGGUCCUCUCCUCUACUGCCCCCUGAGGUGACCAACGGUACUGCAGCCUCCCUGUCUCCCACUGAACAGGAGCCCAAGACAACCUCCAACCUGGGGCGAUCAUUCCUCAGUCACCACAUGUCCGCCUUGGGGAUCAGUAGGAGAUCACGGCUCUUUAACAAGGCUGGUUCCAUCUCUGAGGAACCUGCUCCUUCUGCCUCUCGAGCCGCAAGCAGCCCGUCUCCUACUGACUUGGCUGGCCCCGAGAAGCAACAGCAGCCCCAGACGGUCCCGGAGAAACAAGGGAACAAGACGGAAAGGAACACCUUCAGAGGCACCUUCCUCCGCAACCUGGUCGCCACCCAGUGGGAGAAGACGAGUCGGAGCCAACACGACAAGCUCCAGGAUAAACUGUCCCAGGAUGACCCCGUAGUCACGUCCCCCAGGGCAGAGGAGGACACCUCAUCUGCAGACAGCAGCCCCAGUACACCCACUGAAGCCCCGUUCCAGGCCAGCGGUGCAGGAACAGAGCCCCAGCCAGAGCUCCACGCAGGGGGGCAGGUCUCAGGAGAGACUGGCCCCAUCCAGAGAACCCUGGAGCAGCCAGCAGACACCCAGGCGACCCAUAAUGAACCAGGUGUCAGUGUCCAGCGGAAAACACUCUCCAAUGAGAGGAAGUUCAUGCUCGACGCCAAGAACUCCUCGGCCGGUCCCCUGAAGAGCCCGUCAGGCACCGACCCCUACCUCGACCCCGAGGGGAGCCUCUCCGGAGAGCCAGAGGACCGCAGAGGGCUGGGCAGGGCUGGUGGCAGUGUGAAGGAACGUCUAUCUAGCCUCAAGGCCCAGCAGGCCCAGCCUCUACCCAGCGAGGACAGCAGUUCCAGGAGGGCAGAGCUGCAGGGUCUGGGUGGCAGUGCCCAGGCGGCGCGGGCCAGGCUGGCAGAGGAGCAGCAGCACCGGCAAGUCCGGCCGCAGUACAGCAUCGACGCAGAGACCCACUCCCGGAACCUGGAGAACACCCAGAUGACCCCACUGGCCAGGGACAGACAGACAGACGCCUGGGACCAGCUCCAACCCAGCUCCAAAGCCCUGAAGAUUAAAGACCUGGACUUCUCUGAUCUCAUGGAGGAGGAGGAUAUAGAUGUUCUGGACGUGGAUGUCUUCGACGUGGGUGUUGGUCGGCCUGGUGGUGGUGGCGGCGUCCCUCCUCCUCCUCCACCUAUGCCUGGACUAGCCUCCGCUCCUCCUCCACCCCCUCCUCCUCCUCCUCCCGGGGCGCCGUGUAUGAGUCUCCCUCCUCCACCUCCUCCCCCACCGGGUGGAGGUCUCUGCGCCCCUCCUCCUCCACCUCCUCCUGGAGCUCCCCCUCCCCCUUUCUCCUCCUCCUCUUCCUCUUCCUCCCAGGCUCCCGACCCGGCCUUUGCCAAGAAGAGAAAGACGGUCAAGUUGUUCUGGAAGGAACUCAAACAGUCAGACAGUCCCAGGAAGUGUAAAUUCGGACGCGGGACGGUGUGGGCGUCGCUGGAUAAGGUCACCGUGGAUACGGCCAAGCUGGAACACCUGUUUGAGUCCAAGGCCAAGGAGCUACCCGUGGCUCUGAAGAAAGGAGCAGAAGUGAAGAAGGCAGAGAUACUGGUGUUAGAUUCCAAGAGAAGUAACAGCAUCAACAUCGGCAUGACCGUACUACCAGCUGUCCACGUCAUCAAGACCGCCAUCCUCAACUUUGACGAGUUUGCCAUCAACAAGGAGGGCAUCGAGAAAAUCCUGACGAUGACUCCUAGUGAGGAGGAGAAGCAGAAGAUCCAGGAGGCUCAGCUGGCCAACCCUGACGUCCCUCUGGGCUCAGCGGAACAGUUCCUCCUCACCUUGUCCUCCAUCAGCGGUCUCAGCGCUCGACUGCAGCUCUGGGCCUUCAAACUCAACUAUGAAACCCUGGAGAAGGAGAUUGCCGAGCCUCUUUUCGACCUGAAACUAGGCAUGGAGCAGCUCGCCAAAAACAAAACCUUUAAGCGCAUCCUGGCAACGCUUUUGGCCAUUGGAAACUUCCUCAACAGUACCAGUGUAAGUGUGUUCUUCCUGUCUGCAACGGUAAAAGCUUAG